UAAAAUAUCCUCCCAUAUUCUCUCAUUAUAACCUUCAAGCCAUCAAGGUUCACACGAGAGAGAGAGAGAGAGAGAGAGAGAGAGAGAGAUGAAUUUCUUCUUCAAAUCAAUAUCAAGAUCAAGAGUCCAUGAAAUCAACCACGUACGAACAAGAGUGCAAGAGUGCAAGUCUGGCGGCGCGUGGCAAUCACUAACAGUGUGGAGAAAAUCACUUCUCUUGAGUUGUAAUGGCUUUACGGUGAUUGACUCCAAUGGUAACUUAAUCUUUAGGGUUGAGAAUUACGCCGGACGACCAGAGGAAGUCACUCUCAUGGACGGCGCAGGGAAGCCUGUCCUCACCAUUUGUCGUCGCAACAAGCUUAGAGUCCUAGCAGACAACUGGUUUGUGUACGAAGGUCAUGAAGUUGGUGACUCUUCAUCAAGAAAACCAAUCUUCUGUGCUAGAAAACGCAUUACCAUCUUACAACCUAGAGUCAAUGCGAUUGCUCGCGUUUACCACCAGCCGUUUGAUAAAAGAAGCGUGUACGUGAUUGAAGGAUCGUAUGCGAAUCGGUCGUGCCAGGUGUUGGAUGAGUCGAGGAUGGUGGUAGCGGAGAUCAAGAAGAAGGAAUCAGUGAACGGUGGUACUGUUUCUUUUGGAGCUGAGGUUUUUCUUCUGAUCAUACGGCCAGGGUUCAGUCCCAGCUUCGCAAUGGCCAUUGUUUUGCUACUUGAUCAAAUGUUCUCUUAAGUAUUGCAUUAUAUUUUCAACAAUCCGGGUGAACAAAUGUUUGGGUCUCGUUAGUGAAUGGUAAAAUUAGUUUCUCAGUAUUGUCAAAA